GCAAACUGGUUUAGCCCAUUUAAGUUUUCCUGCUGUUGUUGCAUUCCAAUUUACUAACGGGGACCGAUCUGAAAAACGGCCGGCGGAAGUUGGGGACACCGAGAUUUCUGGUCGGCGACGGCGGCGAUAAUCUAAAGAAGAUGACAGCCACAGGACCAGGACCCUCCCCGUCUUUGGAGAUCUUAGUCAGAACACCUGAUGAAUUUUCACUGUGGAAUAGACUUCCUUUCAGUAAUAAUCAACCAAAUGUCAAGACUGAGAAAGUUCCUUGCAGCAGCACCAUGUUCAGUGAGGAUGGAUCUAAACUGUUGGUGGUAAAACCAGAUUCUCGUAUCAGCAUCCAAGACUGCAAGACCUUGAAAGAAAUCAAAUCCUUUGAAGUCCCCAAUCUUCUAGGGUACACCUUAUCGCCAUGUGGGACUUAUCUUCAGACCUUUCAGAAAGCCUCUACCCCACAGGAGAAAAAUGUUACCCUGUGGAAAGUGGAGAAUGGUGUUUCAGUUUAUCAACAUUUUCAAAAGAACAUGAACAAAACCACCUGGCCUGUAAUUCGUUUUUGUUCUGAUGAAUCUGUUGCGUGUCGAAUGGCAACAAAUGAGGUUCAGUUUUUUGAUGGAGCCGAUUUCUCUAAGGGAAUUGUGCAUAGGCUUAGAGUUCCUGGAGUUGCUGCUGUUGAAUUAUCAAAGUCCCCUGGAUCCCAUGUGGCAGUUUAUGUUCCAGAAUCUAAGGGCGUUCCAGCCAGUGUCCAGAUAUUCCCUUCUGGAAAUUCUGGAAGUCAACCAGUUGCUCGUCGGAGCUUCUUCCGAUGCUCGUCAAUACAACUGAUUUGGAACACUGGUUCAACUGGGCUUCUUGUUGUGGUCCAGUCAGAUGUUGACAAAACCAAUCAAAAUUAUUAUGGUGAAACAAAACUAAACUACUUGACAACUGAUGGCGCUCAUGAAGGAAUUGUGCCUCUUCGUAAAGAAGGGCCUGUCCAUGAUGUUCAGUGGUCAAAUUCUGGUAACGAAUUUGCUGUUGUUUAUGGAUCGUUGCCUGAUGCUGCUGCUACAUUAUUUGACAAGAAGUGCAAGCCUCUACUUGAGCUAGGAACAGGACCUUACAAUACUAUUAGAAUGAAUCCGAAAGGGAAGUUUUUAUGUUUGGCUGGGUUUGGAAACUUGCCUGGUUAUAUGGCCUUUUGGGACUAUGAAGAGAAAAAGAAACUUCUGGAUACAAAGGCGGAAUUAUCAGUAACGAGUGAAUGGUCACCGGAUGGGCUUUAUUUUAUGACUGCUACUACUGCUCCUAGACUACAAGUUGACAAUGGGAUUAAGAUCUUUCACCAUAAUGGAUCAUUGUUCUUCAAGAAGAUGUUUGACAAAUUGUAUCAGGUUGAGUGGAAACCAGAAUCUCCAGACAGGUUUGGUGAAAUUGCGGAACUGGUGAAGUCCUUUGAAUCUUUGAAAACGGAAGAAACAAAGAGUCAAGGAGGACAAGCUUCGAAAGGCGGUUCCUCCAUAAAAAAGGCUGUUGCUGCUACAACCACCACGGUACAGAAGCCUGCUGCUUAUCGUCCCCCUCAUGCUAAACUGUUAGAUGCUGUUCAAUCUGAGUUAUUUGGAGUUGGUCCGUCACAGGAAAUGAGCAAGACUGCAUUGAGAAAUAAGAAGAAAAGAGAGAAGCAAAAAGAGAAGAAGGCUGCUGAGGGGUCUGCUCCAUGAUAUGGCCUUGGUUUGAAGUUUUGGGACUCUACUUUCUUUUUUCACAUACUUUUACUGAUUUGAUGUUCUUUUCUCAAGCAUGAUUUAAUUUUGAUGUCUUCUUUUAUGGGGAUUAGGUAUGAAUACUAAAUAAAAUGUUUGUAAUUUUUUAAGUAAUUGUGAUAUUUCAAUCAUUUAUGAGCAUUUUUUAAGUAGCUAGUUA